AUGUCAUCUGGUACCGCUUCAUCGCCCAGCACUAAAAUACCGAUCAUUCAACAAGACGGUAAACCGAUUCUGAACGGUUACGCGUCAUCACAUCAGCAACCGCAUUUUUCAUCCUCUGCAGCAAACGUCAACAUCGGACUGGGUGGUGGAACAGCAGCACAGUUAAGGCCACAGUUUCGGCGUCAAGGAUCAAGUUAUGGUAUGGCUGUAGAGGGCACAUGGAGAAUACAGCGAACGAAUCUGAGCAAUCUGAGAAGGAAAAAUUUCGUGAGGAUGAGUGAUUCCUAG